UGAGAGGAAGAUGAAGACUGAUUUUGGGAAGCGUAGGGUAUGAAUGAUAUAUUAUGGGGAAUGUUGCGCAUGUGGCGUGGUUUGGAGGUGAUAACAGCAAGGAUAUGGGGGAGAGAGUGGUAAUUUUAGAUUUUUAUUUCUGAGAAAUGGUCAAUUGAAAACUCAUAAACUCACUUCACAAAAAUAGUAGGGUAGGAGCAGCUAUCCAAGCACACAAGGUCCACUGCUUGAAUUGCCUUUCUCACAGAAGGUCCAGUGUCCGAAUCCCCUCUCCUCUAAUAUCGCUUGUAUCUAUCUACAUUGAAAUAGCAGUGCAUGAUUGUCAUGGAUAUCGCCACAGCAGAAUACAUGUUGCAUGCAAUUUCUUCUCCUCUUCGCCGGUGGAGUCCUUUCUCCAUCCUGCUUGUUUCUCAAUCUGACUGCUCUGCCUCAGUAAAGGAUCGAAUGGUUCAGAAACAACAAGAAUGUUUGGAAUUGGAGAUGCAAAGAAUGCCAAGAAACCUAGCCCUGCUUUAGAGUUGAAGCCUGAAGGCUUCUCCUCUCCUGCAGACAGUUACAUUAAGGGUGGGCAAUGUGCAUAGUCUUGAGCAAAUGGUCUUCAACGCCCCCUGAAGCGACUAUGUUGGAGCUGGGGGAUGGAUUGGAGGUGAAGGUACCAAAAGAGUUGAAACUUGAGUUGUUUGGCUUUCAUCCCCAUAAGACCUGAAGCUUUAUGAAUAGUCAAUCACAUUUUUUACCAUUUCCAAUUACAACUGACUGAGCAAAAACCAGAAGUCAUAUUACCUUUCUGAUAAGGUAUUCUUAGGAUUUCUUCCCUCUUUCUACCCCACAGUGCAGAAGUCCCCAAAUCAUAAAAGCCUUUCUCGUUGGUAGAGUGGGCCCCCAGUUGGCUUGGGUUCAAGCUUUUGAUAUGGUCUUCCUCUCAGCUUUUCUUACUGUGGUGAAAUGAAGAUUCUGCAGGUCAUUUGACUCGUGACUAAGUCUCCUGCUUUUGAGGGGGACAGUUUGGUUGACAUUUUGGGUCAAGAGAGGAAACGAUGCAAGUACGAAGAAACUCUGCCAUUGAGUCAAUGAAGUCACCAUUGUUCUCCUUUUACUUCUAUGAUUACUAUAAUAAUCCAGUUUGCUACUCUUCAGAAAAAUAAUUCAGUAAGGCACAUUUUCUAUCUAAAAUACUGGUUUCUUUUCUUAUAUUCAAAGAACCAUGAAAGCUUGUUCUCUUAGGAAUGGGGGAGGAAACCACCAUUUCCCAUUCCCUCAUCAGCAAUCAGCAGUUUGAGAAAGUUCCUUCCUCUUUCCUCCCAUUGACCAUGGGGAACCAAACCAAGUAUUUUGCCAUUCGAAAUCCUGCUACGAUUCACCAUUUAUAAACAUGUUUCUUCUUCCUCAUGCCUUGAGUUGCAAACCUUUCAAGAUAUUCAAACAUGACCAAGUGUCCUCCUAACCCUGUUUUUCUUCUCUUCCUAUUCUUUAGGAUUUUCUUGGUCAUGGCACAAAACACAACCAUCCCAAUCAAUGUGGGUGUGGUUCUUGACUUAGAUACCCAGUUUGGGAAAAUAGAGUUGAGCUGCAUCAACAUGGCCCUCUCUGACUUCUAUGCCUCUCAUUCUAACUACACUACUAGACUGGUCCUGCACACAAGGGACUCCGCGAGAGAUGUUGUUGUGGCAGCUGAUGCAGCGCUAGACUUAAUAAAGAAUGUUGAAGUGCAAGCCAUCAUAGGGCUAGAAUCAUCAAUGCAAGCCAACUUUGUAAUUGAUCUUGGAGAUCAAGCUCAGGUGCCCAUAAUCUCAUUUUCAGCAACAAGCCCUUCUCUCCGGGGUUCAUAUUUUUUCCGAAUUGCACAGAAUGACUCAUCUCAAGUUAAAGCCAUUGGUGCCCUCAUCCAAGCGUUUGGUUGGAGAGAAGCAGUGCCCGUCAGCAUCGACAAUGAGUUCGGGGAGGGACUAACACCUUACCUGACUACUGCUUUGCAAGAAGUUGGUGCUGGUAUCCCUUAUUGGAGUCUCAUUCCUUCAAUGGCCACUGAUGACCAAAUUAUUGAAGAGCUUCACAGGUUGAUGUCAAUGCAAACCAGGGUAUUCAUAGUGCACAUGUCGCCUUCACUUGGCUCUCGGUUUUUUGCUAAGGCAAGAGACAUUGGCAUGAUGGAGGAAGGUAAUGUUUGGAUAACGACAAAUGGGAUGACUAACUCUUUUAGUUCCUCCAGUUCUUCUGUCGACAUAGAUAACAUGCAAGGGGUGUUAGGUAUAAAGACUAAUGUUCCAAACACAAAAGAACUUGAAAAUUUUAGAGCUAGAUGGCAAACAAAAUUCCAACAAGACAAUCCAACUAUCCUUAACGUUAAAUUGGAUGUUUUUGGACUAUGGGCUUAUGAUGCUGCUUGGGCAUUAGCCCUGGCGGUUGAGAAGGUGGGGGGUACAAACUUCAGCUUCCAAAAGAUGAACAGUUCUCAUAAUUACACUGUUUUGGGAAGCUUAGAGGUCUCUCAAGGCGGUCCUGAACUUGUCCGAGAGCUAUCAGGUACGAGAUUCAGAGGCCUUUCAGGAGAUUUCAGUCUUAUUAAUGGGCAACUACAAUCAUCAACUUUUCAGGUAGUUAAUGUGAACGAUAAUGGGGAAAGAGGAAUUGGAUAUUGGACACCCCAAAAUGGACUUGUGAGAAACAUAAAUUCGAACAGAAACACAAACAGAUACUCUACUUCUAAUGCCAGUCUUGGACCUGUUAUAUGGCCUGGAGACACCACCUUGGCUCCAAGGGGCUGGCAGAUUCGCACGAACGGGACCUUAAAAGUCCUCGUCCCAGUGAAGCAAGGAUUUGAAGAAUUAGUAAGUGUGGUACAUGAUCAUAGCACUAACACAGCGAAGGUUACUGGUGGAUACUGCAUAGAAGUCUUUGAUGCUGUAAUAAAAGCAUUACCAUUUCCUGUUCCUUAUGAGUUUUAUCCCUUUGCAAAUCCUAAUGGGCAGAGCGCUGGCAGUUACAAUGAUUUGAUCAAUCAAGUGUUUCUUGGGAACUACGAUGCUGCAGUUGGAGACAUAUCUAUUAGAGCAAACAGAUCCUUGUACGUUGACUUUACAUUGCCAUUCACAGAAUCUGGGAUAUCAAUGGUCGUCCCCGUCAAAGGCAAUGAUGGCGGUAAAAACACAUGGGUGUUCUUGAAGCCUUUGACGUGGGAUCUCUGGGUUACAAUCGGCUGUUUUUUUAUAUUCAUUGGUUUUGUGGUCUGGUUUCUUGAACACCGGAUAAACGAAGACUUUCGUGGGCCUCCACAUCACCAAAUUGGCACAAGCUUUUGGUUCGCCUUCUCAACCAUGGUUUUUGCACACCGGGAACCAGUAGUGAGCAACUUGGGUAGGUUUGUAGUGAUCAUAUGGUGCUUUGUUGUCCUCGUACUGACUCAAAGCUACACUGCCAGUUUAUCAUCAAUCUUAACAAUUCAACAGCUCCAACCAAUCGUUACUGAUGUGAACCUUCUCUUGAAGAAUGGGGACAACGUUGGUUACCAAAAAGGCUCUUUUAUUUAUGGGAUUUUGAGUAAGCUAGGGUUUAAGGACGAUAAACUUAGGACCUAUAAUUCCGUAGAAGAAUUAGAUAAACUUCUUCAGAACGGGAAUGAAAAUGGAGGUAUUUCUGCUGCUUUUGAUGAAACACCCUACAUGAAACUUUUUCUUGCAACCUAUUGCUUGAAAUAUACCCUGGUCGAGCCAACAUUUAAAGCCGAUGGAUUUGCCUUUUGUGACCUGCAGGUCUUCCAAAAAAGUUCACUUCUUACGCGUGAUGUUUCGACGGCAAUCACUCAAGUGCACGAGGGAGAUAAAAUGAAGGCCAUCGAGGACAAGUGGUUCAAGAAAACAGCAAGUUGUUCAAACCCCAACACCGCGAGCUCUUACAACACUCUUAGCCUUGAAAGCUUUUGGGGCCUCUUCAUUGUUGCUGGUGUUGCUUCAUCAUUAGCUCUCCUCAUCUUUGCAGCCAUGUUCCUCUAUGAGCAUAGCCACAUUUUGACAUGCGUUGAUUCAAAAGCCUCAUUUUGGACAAGAAUUCGUCAAGUACUAAGAGCAUAUGAUCAACAAGACAAGACUUGGCAUGCUUACAAGAAAACCAGAAAAGAAGAUGGUGUUCAUGGAAUUGCUGCGGUUGAAUCUUCACCAAACACCAACUGUCUCUGCCUCAGAAGGCCAUCAAGAUCAAGCAAACCAAAUCAAAUUGAACCAGAAAUUGUUCUUGAAGAGCAGCAGGGAACAACUUCUACUCAGCAUAGUGAUUUGAAUCCGAAUGCUAUAGAGUUAAACGGCUAUCACAUAAACCAUUAAAUUUUGCUUUGGUUUGUUUGGCCAGAUUCUCGUAAGGGUUUUUGUGAAGCUGAAUUUGUAUUACAAGUCUCCAUUGUGGUGGAGUGUACAUAUUGUAUAUGAGUUUCUAUUAGUUGAUAAUGUUGUGGACAAAAAUUGCAUCAUAGAGCCUCAGAAAGCUUCAAAGAA